ACUGUAUUCGUCUCAUAUUCCAACCUGCGCACUGGCAUUUCAGCGGCGCAUUGCGUCCUUCCUUUGUUGUAUGGAAUGAAAGUGGCCCGCGCCAAGACUCCACAUCUCCGGGCCAUCGCCAGGAGUCAAUUUUAUUAAUUUCCAGACCCUGACGAAACGGUGAUGCGUGUCUUGUACCUGUCCUUCCUUUAGAUCGCCAUUUGAUACUUUGCUGCUCAAUCGCUCCCAGUCAAUCGUCCCACACUCCUUACUGCUCUCUUGCGCAUUCCUGCCCUGCAAGUCAUGCCAGGAUAAUGGUGGGUGAGGCUCCUGCAUCGUUAUCGCCAGUGGGUUCGGAGUUGCGCCCGGCGACUGAAGCUGUGCCCUUUGACGAGACUGUCGCAGCCCAGCGGCCCAUUGCCGUUCGUUCAGUCUCACUGCCCACACCGUCCGACGAUACGCCACUAGAACCUAAUGACCGGUCCUUCAGCACCAGCGCUGCCUCUCCUGAAUCCAACGAUCGUCCCGCGACAGCACGUUCGGUGCGCAAUACCAGACAGAAUGGAGGACUUACGCCGCCGACCCCAGCGGGCGAAAGCUUCGGCACACGAAAGUCGGAGGAUGAUCAAUCGCUUCCCCCUUCGUUGUGCAGCGUGCCCAGCAUUGUCAUUCAUGACAGCUCACGUCCAGUCUCACGCCCAGGGUCUCGGCCAGGGUCUCGAUGGUCGGAGCGAAAGUGGGGUGGCUUGAGAAAGAGGUCAGCGGAGUUGGAACGCAAGAUGAGCAUGGAGGAACUUCCUCCUGUGCCGCCAAUCGAGCCUGAGUUUAGUGGAAUCAGCUUGGAUAUACCGACGGCAUCCCUGGGUGGGUUGGGACAGGGUAUGAAAUUUUCGACCCGAGGCAGCCUCAUCAGAGACCGAUCAAAGCGGCCAUAUCCUGCGUUGCCUAAGGAGAAGAGCUUGGAGGAAGCCACUGAAAAGAGCCUGGCACCGGCCCCAGAGGAGCCAUCUACCCCACAGGCCACGGAAGCAGACACGGUACCGGAGCUUACACCCUCAACGAGAACUGGAAAAGACGAGACACCGACGUCUGACAAACAAGACGUGACGAAUGGUAAAAAGCAGGAUGUGACGAAUGGUGAAAAGAACGAUGCGACAAAUGGCGCUCCCAGGGCAGUGCCCCGUGUCAGACCCCAAAGCACUCUCCGGCCAAGGCAAACGAGCCUCCAGAGUAGAGCCAUCUCUGCAGACGAGGAUAUGCUAUCUCGACGGGUUCGGCUGAUGUAUGAGAAGGGUGACGACAAUAUCACUGACGCGGAGGUCGCAAAGGCAAUGGCAUCGGACAAUGGCGUUCUUUGGGAAGAGCCAACUACCCCCGACAUUGAGACUGCUUCCACACCCGCCCCCGAGAUGAAUGGAACCGACCUCAAGGGCCGAGCCUCCGAAGAAGUAGAGCGCAUCAGGAUGAAGAGAGAGACACGGGAACUAGCAGGGGGCAUCGAGUAUUGGCAAGAUGUGGGGGCAGGACAAGUCGAUCGCUAUGGGUUCAUUCAUGCACCAGCCGAUGAACCUCACCCUAUUCAAAGAGUGACAACGAGCCUUCUCCUUGCUUCUGAGACACCUCGGAGGAAACGUUCCAUUCGACCACCAACUGCUCGAGCUAGCAACCGCUCCUUCAGUGCUCGAUCGCCGACUCGCAACCUUUCUCAAAGCUCUGCAGGGGCUCGGCCAACCUCAUCAGCAAGCACACACAGUAUGCCAGUCCGGCGGUCCACAUCGCGACUCCGUUCGGCGGCUAAUCACCUUCCGCAUAAUAGAGACCGAAAGGUUACGGACGAAGCAGGCGAUAUGCUAACUCUACCUGGUGAUGUCCUCGGUGAAGGCCCAGAUACGGCUGCUGCGCGUGCGAUGCGGAGGAAGGAGUGGGAUCGCGAGGACAAGUGGACCAAAAUGGCGAAACCGGUCAAGAAAACCCGUGACGGUGGCGGUAUGAAAUUCGAGUUUGAUACGCAUAGCACCAAGUUGAUUGAGCGGACUUGGAAGGGCAUCCCUGACCGAUGGCGCUCGACAGCCUGGUACUCGUUCCUCGAGAGCAGUGCGAAGCGUCAUGAGAAUAGCCCCUCUGAAGACACGCUCAUUGCCGCCUUCCAUGAAUACCAAUAUGUCUCCUCGCCAGACGAUGUCCAAAUUGAUAUCGACGUGCCCCGCACGAUCACCAGCCACAUCAUGUUCCGUCGGCGUUAUCGCGGUGGACAAAGGCUGCUAUUCCGCGUGCUUCAUGCCAUGUCAUUAUACUUUCCCGACACUGGCUACGUGCAAGGUAUGGCGGCUCUGGCGGCAACGUUGCUAGCAUACUAUGAUGAGGAACAUGCGUUCGUCAUGCUCGCCCGCCUUUGGCAACUACGAGGCCUCGAGGAGCUGUACAAAUCUGGAUUCGCCGGUCUUAUGGAGGCCCUGGACGAUUUCGAACGAGAGUGGCUCGCUGGUGGUGAAGUGGCCUCGAAACUGAACGAAGUCGGGAUUCCACCCACAACAUAUGGAACCCGAUGGUAUCUCACACUUUUCAAUUACUCUAUUCCUUUCCCUGCCCAGCUUCGGGUAUGGGACGUCUUUAUGCUCCUUGGAGAUGCAGACGACCUCACUGCUGCUGCCCGGCCAAACACCUCGUCUGGAAAGGGCAAGAAGGAUUUGCCUGUUCCCCGCUCUAGCACCUUCGGACAAGGUCUCGACGUGCUUCACGCCACAUCCGCAGCCCUCAUCGAUGGUAUGCGCGAGAUAAUUCUCGAAUCUGAUUUCGAAAACGGCAUGAAGGUCCUCACCAGCUGGGUCCCAAUCAAGGACGUUGAAAUCUUCAUGCGCGUUGCUAAAGCGGAGUGGAAGGUCCACCGUCGCAAGAAGGCGACUUAA